AUGCCUCAAUCCUGGCAGGACAUCACUGCUCGUAAACGCGCCGAGCGGGGCUCCAAAAUCCCCUCCGAAUGGCGUCUAGCAGAACCUCUUCCCUCUGGAACUAGACCCAUAGACUUUCUUCCUCGAUGCGGAGUCCUUUCAGAGCACGAUCUGGCCCUCACAAACCCUGCUCGCGAUGCAACCGACUUGCUUGCUCUGCUCUCCACCGGCAAAGUCACGGCUGAAGAUGUUGCUCGGUCAUUCUGCAAACGCGCCGCCGUUGCGCAUCAGCUAACCAACUGCUUGACGGAAAUCAUGUUUUCAGAAGCCAUUGAGAGAGCAAAGUGGCUGGAUUCCGAGUUCAAGAAACAUGGCAAGACCGUCGGCCCUCUACACGGCCUUCCCAUCAGCAUCAAAGAUCAAUUCUACAUCAAGGGAUACGACAGCUCUAUGGGAAUCACGGCGCUGUGCUUCAAACCAGCCAAAUCGACUAGCCAGGCAGUGCAGAUGCUGCUCGAUGCUGGCUGCGUCAUAAUCGGCAAGACGGCCGUUCCUCAGACCGUCUUGACUGCUGACACGGAUUCGAUUGUCUUUGGACGCACGGUGAACCCUUACAACGCCGAGUUUGGAGCAGGCGGAUCCUCUGGAGGCGAAGGCGCGUUGAUUGCCAUGGGCGGCUCUGCCUUGGGACUUGGAACAGACGCAGCAGGAAGCGUGCGCAUGCCCGCGGCGGUAUGUGGAGUUGUCGGAUACAAGCCCAGCGCAUACAGGAUCCCGAUUGACGGCCAGAGAAUCCUGGGCAAAGGCAUCAUGGGUAUCACGUCUUUGGGACCGCCAGCCGUCAGCGGCUUUCUGGCGAGGUCGGUGAGAGAUGCAAGGCUCGCGGCUAGAGUCAUGGCAGAGGCGAAGCCGUGGAACGACAGUCCAUUUUUAUACCCUCAUCCUUGGAUGCAGAUCGCUUCUCCCGUCAAGCCAGGAAUCGGCGUGUGGCUCAAGAUUGAUGAGCUACAUCUUCACCCACCCGUUGCCCGAGGUCUUCGUCUUGCAACUGAUAGGCUCAAGAGAGCUGGCUACGAGGUCAUUGAGCUCUCGCCUCCUCCCUUUCGAAUGGCAUGGGAUUUAUUGCAGGAGAUUGCAGAGUUUGGGGAUUUGUCACAUAUGCGAAAACUGCUAGAAUCAGAGCCGCACACCAAGAUUGUCCAAGCAAUGGGAUUCAUCACUCGCAAAUCAGCGCAUCCGGAACUAUCAGUCGAGUAUCUGCACGAGUUAAACUUCCAAGUGGCUCGCAUGGCAAUGCUGAUGAAGGGAUAUUGGCGACACGACGGCAAACCACUUGACGGUAUUCUGUUUGUCAAUGCGCCGCAUACUGCUGUUCCCUUUGACACUUAUACCUGGCUUGGCUUUACCAGCAUUAUAAACCUGCUAGACUGGACGAGUAUUUCGAUACCAUUGAACGAAAAUGCGGAUAAGAGUAUAGAUGUUGGGAUGCAGCUUGAGGACUGCUACGACGAGCUGGAUCUUUCAAUCCAGAAGCUAUAUGAUGCCGAAAAGUUUCAUGGCUUGCCGAUAUCUGUUCAAUUGAUUGGUCAAAGAUUUGAAGAUGAGAAGCUUCUCGCUCUAGCGGAUGAAAUUGGACCUGUUAUAGCUCAGAGAGGGCAGUCCAAGUUAUAA